CAACCUCUAUAAGAACUCCCAGGGUGUGGUUCACUUUAAGAACAUUUUCUUUCGUCCUAGCUAACACAAUGGCCCUCGUACCAAAUACCAGCUCCCGUUUCAUUUCCCCAGUAUCAUCUCGAGUCUAUAUUCCUCCCACCAACCAACUUUCAAAGACUGCUGCUCCCAGCCUCGCUUCCCCGGCGCUCACUCCUCCCACAAGCCUAGCCCUGAAGACUUCUCUCAGCCUCUCUUCUCCGGCGCUGAUCGGGAUCUCCGAAACCUUCUCCAAUUUAAAGAAACAAGGGAAAGUUGCAUUUAUACCUUACAUUACCGCUGGUGAUCCUGAUCUAUCGACGACGGCAAAAGCACUGAAACUACUUGACCGUUGGGGGGCGGAUAUAAUUGAGUUGGGCUUGCCCUACAGCGAUCCUUUGGCAGAUGGUCCCGUAAUUCAGGCUUCUAGUAAACGGGCCCUAACAAAGGGGACAAACCCACGCGCUGUCUUUUCCAUGUUAAAGGAGGUGGUCCCUCAAUUAUCUUGUCCAAUUGCAAUAUUUUCAUAUUACAAUCUCAUAGUCACGCAUAACAUGGACUGGUUCACAUCUGCCUUAAAAUAUUGUGGUGUACAAGGUCUUAUUGUACCAGACCUUCCUUUCGAAGAGAGUGCAAGUUUGAGAAAAGAAGCCACUAGGAAAAAUGUUGAUUUGGUCCAGCUCACCACACCUACUACGGAAAAACAUAGAAUGAAAGCAAUUGCUGAAGCUUCAGAAGGAUUUGUAUAUCUUGUGAGCUCUGUUGGAGUUACUGGUGCACGUCCAUCCGUGAAUCCACAAGUACAAUAUCUCUUAGAGGAAAUUAAAGAGGUGACCACAAAACCUGUCGCAGUUGGCUUUGGCAUAUCAAAACCAGAACAUGUUAGACAGCUUUCAUUAUGGGGAGCUGAUGGUGUGAUCGUCGGUAGUGCCAUUGUUAAACUAUUAGGAGAAGCCAAUUCUGCUGAAGAAGGAUUGAGGCAUGUUGAGUCCUUUAUGACAUCCUUAAAAAAAGCUCUCCCCUAAGUCAGCUAUCAGCCGUUACUUAAAUGAUAGCUGUCAAUUGGAAUGGUAAAUAGUCAGUCUGAUGGGGAGAGUGUCUAUGAUAAGGGUCAUCAUCUUUCAGGAGAAAGAUCUUAUGUCAAUAAUUGUGAAUUGAAUUUAUAUCCUGUAUGUUUGUCAUAGCAAGGAUGUUAUAAGUCCUUUUUCUUUAAUAAAUAAGUAAAAAGUUAUUGAAAG